CUACAAACACACGCGGCAAAAUCUAGUCAGUUCCCACCGUAUCUUGGCAGUAUCGUAUCACUUUAGCACUCAGCGCCAACGAAUCUUCAACCACCCAGAAAAAACGCAGGAACAAAUAGAUAACUGAAGAACAAGAGAACAAGUGAAACUCAACCACACCCCUUCUCGCCGCCGCCGCCGCCGGAACCGGAAAAAGAUGGAUUCGGUCGGAGUGCUGAUGGCGUGCCCAAUGUCUUCGUACCUCGAGCAAGAGCUCGACCGCCGGUUCAACCUCUUCAAAUUCUGGAACUUCCCCAACAGGAAGGAUUUCCUCAGUGAGAACUCGGCCUCGAUACGCGCCGUGGUCGGGAACGCGACGGCGGGGGCCGAUGCCGAGUUGAUCGAGGCGCUGCCGGGCCUGGAGAUCGUGGCGUGUUACAGCGUGGGGCUGGAUAAGGUUGAUUUGGGAAAGUGCAAGGAGAAGGGGAUUAGGGUUAGUAACACGCCGGACGUGUUGACGGACGACGUGGCGGACUUGGCGAUCGGGCUGAUCUUGACGACGUUGAGGAGGCUUUGCGAGUGUGAUCGGUACGUGAGGAGUGGGUUGUGGAAGAAGGGGGAUUUCAAGUUGACCACAAAGUUCAGUGGCAAAACAGUAGGCAUUAUUGGACUAGGCAGAAUCGGCAUGGCUAUUGCCAAGAGAGCAGAAGCAUUCAGCUGCCCAGUCUGUUACUACUCCAGAUCACAAAAACCAGACACAAAAUACAAGUACUUCCCAAGUGUCGUUGAGUUAGCCUCCAACUGCCACAUUCUGGUCGUCGCCUGUCCUUUAACCGCUGAAACUUGCCAUAUCAUCAAUCGCGAGGUCAUCAAUGCAUUAGGACCUAAGGGCGUCCUCAUCAACAUAGGGAGGGGUCCUCAUGUUGAUGAACCCGAGUUGGUAUCUGCUCUGGUUGAAGGCCGGUUGGGUGGAGCCGGACUAGAUGUGUUUGAAAAUGAGCCUGAAGUACCAGAACAGCUCUUUGGGCUCGACAAUGUGGUCCUUACCCCUCAUGUGGGAAGCGGAACUGUGGAAACCCGAAAGGCUAUGGCUGAUCUUGUCAUUGCGAAUUUGGAGGCUCACUUCUUGAAUAAACCACUGUUAACUCCAGUGGUUUAACUGUGUUCUAAACUUGGUGAUUAGAUCAAUGAUUGGAGGCCUCAUAUUGCAGCUGGUGGCUGUGCUGUCCUUCACAGUUUCAGAUCAUUGUUUCUACAACUGGGCAAAUAUGCCCCUUAUAAGAGGAGCAAACAUUCUGGUAGUUCUUGGAUAUUUGUGAGCAUAUUGUUGGCAUUUUGGUCUUUAUAUGCUUGCAAUCAGGGUUAUUACGGUCUUCAAAAUAAGUGAAGUCGAUUUGGCCAUUAUUGACUAAUAAUUGUUUCUUUUAUUGGUGGUUGAAAUGGCAUAUAUUUCUGUCUGUCUUUCAUUA